AUGGAACCUGCUCGCGAGCCACCAUGGGCAGAGCACGAAAAGGUAUAUCUACUUGCCGAGAUAUUGAAGGCGGCUCCAAUUCCUUCUCAUGUUCUCUUUGGUCUUAUACGCGACGCCAACAUCCAGCCUAGAUGGAACGACACGGCGUUGCCUCCUGGUCGCUCCAUUCGCUCAAGUCAGAUGGCCUUCGAUAACAUAGCAACCAUGUAUUCAGGACCUGACUACAGACGUCCUCAGUUACCUGUUCCUAUCAUGUACCCGGCCUCCGAUGUCACUAAGAAACGACCACACCAGCAAGAGAUAGCCACGCCAAUUGGCCGCUUACUUCAACCCCGUCCACCGCAUCCAUAUCCCGGAGAAUACAUGACUGCUGGCCCUGCAUAUACGUCCUCAAUGACCCCCACUGGUGAACCAGCAAAUAAAAAGAAGCGAGGGAGACCAACAAAGGCAGAAGCACAGCAGAGAGCCCAGGAGGCAGCAGCACGAGGCGAGGUGUAUCCGCCACCGCGGCGGGGAAGAGUAUCACUCACAGCCCCUUCAGAGUCGUCACCUCCAGGCUCCGAGUCACGACCGCACGAACGAACCCCUCCGCAACCUAUACCUGCGCAACUAGGCCCUGCAAUGACGCCACAACAACAAAUAGGGAGGGAACAAGGGUCAGAGUCCUCAUCAGGAAAGAGAAGACGUACAAGGCCUCAGCCACUAGAAUUGGACAAGCACCGAGCAACAAGCGAAAUGGAGUCCCCUCUUGCCUUUGGGUCGGGUGAUCCCAGCCGUAGCCAAGGAUACUCAUCAUUCACACCCAUCUCCGCCCCUCUCCCGUCCUCGACAGAAUCUAGGGAUAAAGAUGUACGUAUGGAAGGAGUCGAAGAGACUCAGCCACGAACUACUACACCUCACUCGUUUAAAGACACGGUCGGCAUAUGA